UCAAGGGUCCAGCCGGCCGCUUAAAUUGCCUCGACGCUGCAGGUCUUGCACGCCGUCAAGCACCAAUGAAGGGCCAGCCGGCUUCUCUAUCUUGCACUGCCAUGCGCACGAACACCACGGGAGUAGCGCCAUUUGCAGAAAGGGGUGGCGUCCAUCAGGUGCGCCGGGCUGGAUGUGUAAUAAUUAAACCUCCCAAGGGGGGAUAUCCACCCUUCCCCAGAGCUCCUUAAAACGGGCCGGUCUCCCCCUUUGGAGCGAGGGCUUUGAAGUUUUUUGUGUUUUUCGGGAGGUUCAUCCCGCCCUUUUCCACCCGCCACGAUGGCGCAACAUCCACGCUCCGGUUUUGUUGGACGUUUUAUGAAUUUGUUGCCUCGUGCACAACGCGAGCAAAAUGAGCAGCAUCAUUUUCCCCCAAUGACCUCACCGGGGGUUUUCCCCCCGGCGGCGCCUGGGAUGCUGCCGGGCGGAGAUUUAGAGGCAAUGGGCGCCGCCGCAAUGCCACCUCCUGUCCCGCCGCCGCCGUCGCCGCCGCAGCAGCAGCAGCAGCAACCACAACAGCACCACCACCCCUACCACCCACAGCAACCACAACAACCCCGCCAACUGACCAUCUCCACCACCGACGUCGGAUCCCUCAUUCCGCCGCAGGACAAAUUGCUCGUCUUCCGCGCGUUGACGGGGAUCGACAGCAUUCCCGCGCUAACGACGCUCCAGCACUACCGCCGCACGGCGCCCAAUAUCGGCAUCUACACGCGCGUCGUCAAGGCGGAGCACUCGGCGGGGCGGCGAUACCGGUUCUUUAGUGUCUUGAUCAACGUGUGCCUGGGGAUCCAGAUCGUGGUGGCAGCAGCCCUGACGGCGCUGGGCGCCGCGAGCGGGCCGCACUCGGCGGUGACGGCGUUCGGGGCGAUCAACACAAUCAUGGCGGGGGUGCUCACGUACCUCAAGGGCUCUGGGUUGCCCGACCGGCUGAAACACUACCAGAACGAGUGGCGCAACAUCCGCGAGUACAUCGAGCAGCGCGAGCGCGAGCUUUGCUUGAGUGGCUGCGAGCUGGACAUCCAGCAGGAGAUCCACAUCAUCGAGUACAUGUACGAGGGGGUGAAGCGCGAGAUCGACCAGACGAAGAGCACGGAGAAUCGGGCGGCGCCGCGCGAGGGAGGCCCAAACCGCCGGAUGUUCUAUCCGCAGCAUAGACAGCAACAGCAACAACCGCAGCAGGUGCAGCAGGUGCAGCAGCAACAGCAACAGGGUCCGAUGUAUCCGUCACCGCAACCACACUCCCCGUAUCCCAAUGAAUCGUAUGUAGUGGAGAGGGUUCGGAGUCCGGCGCCGACGGAGGGCAAACCGUGACUGUGACUGUGAUUGUGACUGCAACGGUGACUGCUGGCUGCAUUACGAUGCUUAGUAUGACUGAUAGUAAUGACUUGUGCUAAUUUGAUCUAGAGUCUAGUCACUCGUGAUUACCCCGAUCCACGGAACUGGUCCCUUGCCGUCGGAGCUGAUUCUUGCCUCUGAUAGGAGUAUCUACUCCGAAGGUUGCAAGCCCAGCACAGAACGGAGUAUAGGGUUGUCUGAGCACUUAUCACAACACCAUCUACUAAUAAACACAAAGGAAAGACUGGUGCCUAGCUUCACCCACAAAGAAAGAAUCCCCUGAGUCUGAAGUAUAAAUCCGCGACCAAACCUCAACCUCAACCC